UUGGUUCUUGUCUGUGUUUUCUCCAACAGACAGGUGUGUGUGAGCGACUCUGUAUCAACACACUGACGAACAUAACAAGUUUUACUGUAAAAUCCACAGGAAAAACAAUGUCGUGUGUAAAUGUGGACAAACUCGGCAGUAAGUGUGUGAAGAGCGCCGUGUCCGGGGAGCAGGUGGAGCUCAGCUCGCUCUGGAGAGAUCAGACAGUGGUGAUGUUUUUCCUGCGACGUUUCGGGUGUCAGAUCUGUCGCUGGGCCGCGAUGGAGGUCAGCAAGCUGGAGAAGGACCUGAGAGUAAACGGAGUGGCCCUGGUGGGAAUCGGCCCUGAAGAGACAGGACUCAAAGAGUUUCAGGACGGCGGGUUUUUUAAAGGCGAAAUAUACAUUGAUGAAACUAAGCAGUGCUACAAGGACUUAGGAUUUAAAAGAUAUAAUGCGAUCAAUGUGGUGCCUGCUGCUCUGGGAAAGAAAGUACGAGAAAUUUCCUCAAAGGCAAGCAGUGAAGGAAUUCAGGGCAACUUUAGUGGAGACCUUCUGCAGAGCGGCGGCAUGCUGAUUGUUGCCAAAGGUGGUGAGAAGGUCCUGCUGCACUUUAUUCAAGAGACACCAGGAGAUCUUGUGCCACUUGAAGACAUCACCAAAGCCCUGGGCAUCAGUGCCAACGUGCAGGCUGGAGUGAGACCUCAGUGUGAUGAAGGAGUCUGUACACGAUGAAGAUGAAGAACCGAUGAACUCAGAAGCUUCAACACCAUCUUCUUCCUCAUCUUCUUCUCUCUCUCUCUCUGUCUGUCUCUGACUCUGAUCUUACUGCAUUAAUAAAAAACUUAUAUAAAAA